UUUCAGAUAUGCAGAGCUGAUUUCUCUUGUCCAUCAUGGUUUUCACCUGCCGCUAGGAAAUUUAUAAAGCGUAUUCUCGACCCAAACCCUCUUACCAGAAUAACUAUUCCUCAAAUUUUAGAGGAUGAAUGGUUUAUUAAAGGAUACAAACGACCGCAAUUUGAUAAGGAAGAGGAUGUAAAUCUUGAUGAUAUAGAUGCUGUUUUUAACGACUCCAAGGAACAUCUUGUAACAGAAAGGAAAGAGAAACCUGUAUCAAUGAAUGCUUUUGAGCUAAUCUCCAGGGCACAGGGUUUCAGCCUUGAAAAUUUGUUUGAGAAGCAGACAGGUUUUGUGAAGCGAGAAACCCGUUUUUCUUCCCAGCGCCCUCCCAAUGAAAUAAUGUCAAAAAUAGAGGAAGCUGCAAAGCCUCUAGGCUUCAAUGUUCGCAAAGGAAACUAUAAGAUGAAGUUGCAAGGCGAUAAAAAUGGAAGGAAAGGCCAGCUCUCUGUAGCUACAGAGGUGUUUGAAGUAGCUCCCUCCUUGCACAUUGUUGAGGUUCGCAAAACUGGCGGUGACACAUUAGAGUUUCACACGUUCUACAAAAAAUUUUCGACAGGACUGAAAGAUGUUGUCUGGAAAACUGAAGAAACAACAGAAGAAUCGAGAGCAGGAAAUAAAUAGAGACCAAGUAGCUGAUUCUUCUGAGUGAUUUAGUCUCAAAUGCACAAAAUUUACAAAAGAGAUAUAAAUUUUGUGGUGGGGUUUAGCGAACUGGAGUUGCAUGAGAUAGGAAGACAUGAACUGAAGGCCUGAAAUCGUGGUCUUAGUUAGGUGUUUUUGUCCCCUUACCCUUCUCCCCGUGGUUUCCUCCUCUUCCAUGAAGCUAAUCAAUUAAGUUUUUCAAAUAGAUUAAAACUCUUUAUAAGAUGGAAGAAAUCAUCAAUUUUAAUG